UUCAUCCUCAACCUUCCAUAUACAGGAGCAGGAAUCCCAGGACACUUGUGCUAACUACCUGAUUGGCACCAAGGUCCAUCCUGACAAUUUCCUCCUCAAUGGGUGGGCUUUGGCCUAUCACCCUGGGGUCAUGACAAAUUUCCACCAUGACUCAGACAGAGGUGUCACUUUUGUCCAGCCAGUACUGGGCAAAAAAGUGUGGAUUAUGGCCUUCCCCAAAAACAAGAAGAUUUUGCACACAACAUUCUUGGAACAUUCCUUACAGCUAACAAAUCUUCUUGAAAAAUGCAACAAGGUCAAGGCCAACCAGGAUAUGGAGGUGGUCACUCUUCUGGAGGGGGACUUAUUCACUGACAAGAAAAAGUCCUACACAACAAGUAUAACCAAGCCCAUGCUCACAAUUUCUAAACUGGUCAUCAAACAUUUCUGGAAUGACAUGGACAAAGCAAGUUCAGUGUAUCAUUUUGGGCCCAAUAAACACCCAGGUGUCCAGAGUCUAACACACCCAGGAGAGCUUGUCAAUAGAGAAGAACUUGUGAAGUGCUUACAAUGGUUCACAAACUUCUAG